AUGACAUAUAUUCAGGAAUUCGAUGAAGUUGCCGGUAAGUUAAGCUUAAAUGGAUAUUUUGGAAUUCACUGGAUAGAUAAUACUGUAUCAUGGAAUCCUGAUAUAUAUGGAGUUUCUUCCUUCACCUUCAACGAAGAACUAUUUUGGAAACCAACACUCAUAAUGAGAAAUCCAUACGGAACAGUAAAAAUACUAUAUAAAGAUAAUAAUGUGAAAAGAGUACACCACAAUGGACAAAUUGAACUUAAACGAAAACCAAUGUACUUUGUUUUAAAUCUUAUACUCCCAAUAGUACUCAUGUGUAUUUUAAAUCCUUUUGUGUUCCUACUCCCAGCAGAUUCAGGUGAAAGAGUCGGAUUUUCAAUUACAGUCUUAUUGGCCAUUGCCGUAUUUCUUACAAUUUCUGCGUCUAGUCUCCCAGCAAUCUCAGAUCCACAGUUACCAUCAUUAUCUAUUCUUCUCUUUGCUGACGUUGCAUUUAGUGCCGAAUUCGACGAAGUUGCCGGUAAAUUAAGUGUAAAUGGUUAUUUUGGAAUUCAGUGGAUAGACAAUACUGUAUCAUGGGAUCCAGACAAAUAUGGAGUUUCUUCAUUUACUUUCAAUGAAGAACUAUUUUGGAAACCGACAUUGGUAAUGGGAAAUCCAUACGGGGCAGUAAAAAUAUUAUAUAAAGACGAUAAUGUUAAAAGAGUUCAUAAUAAUGGACAGAUUGAUUGGUUUCCUAGCGAUUCAUUUGACAUUGCAUGUCAAGCUGACGUUACAAAUUAUCCCUUUGAUAUGCAAACUUGUAUUUUAUCUAUUGUGUUAUCAGUUUACGAUGAAACAGAGGUCAUUUUAUGGCCUACAGCUUUUUUGACAUAUUGGUUUAUUCCUCAUAAAACAUGGGACUUGGUUGAAACGAAUUUUACCAGAAUUGCCAAACCUCAAAUGGCAAAUUUUCAUAUCAGACUUAAACGAAAGCCUAUGUUCUUUGUUUUCAAUCUUAUACUCCCAAUUGUACUCAUGUGUACUUUAAAUCCCUUUGUAUUUCUUCAGCCAGCAGAGUCCGGUGAACGAGUUGGAUUUUCAAUAACAGUUUUAUUGGCCAUUGCCGUUUUUCUUACAAUUUCUUCGUCUAGUCUCCCAGCAAUCUCAGAUCCACAGUUACCAUCAUUAUCUAUACUUCUAUUUACUGACGUAGCAUUUAGUGGCUAUUCUUGUCAUUGUGAAAUAGCAGGAAUGCUAGACAAUGCAGCUGUAUUGCAGGAUACAGAUUUAUAA